AUGCCGUCGUUCCUCAAGGACCACCUCAGCAUUCGGCGCAAGUCCAAGACGUCGCUCAAGAACAAGGCCUCCGAUGAGUCCAACAGUAGCUCGGAGAAUGGCAGCGAGUUCCCACAACCGGGCACCUUGAGCACAUCCUCUUCCACCCUGAACUUGGGCAAGAGAUCGCCGUCCACAGCCCUGUCAGUGUCAUCGCAGCGGGGCUCAAACUCCAACCUGGCGGGCAUGAGCAGCGUCAAUGGCGAUGGCACUAUGCUACCACCGCCAGUCCCAGCGAGGCCCCGAAUGGGAAUGCCUGCUCAGAACGUGGACCGCUCAACACCUGCGACAUCGACGCUGGCACCACGUGUGCUUUCCAUCUCGGACGGUUCCUGGGUACAUCAGAAAGUGCUGCUCAUCUACGGACAAUGCGCCGACCCGACACAACCCAUCGAUGGACAGCUUACCGUCUGCCACCAUCAGGACAACUUUCCACCAAUUCAGUGGCCGGUCCACGACUCGCACUUCAAAGCGCUUGUAUAUCUCCAACCAGGGCCAAACAGAUUGCGACUCGACUUUACUUCGCCCAAAAUACCCACACCCAACACAUCGAUCCCGGCGCAUUCGUCAUGGAUCAACAUCAACUUUCUCCCCCUCAUCGCAUCCCCACCUCUGCAACUCUGCAUACUAGUGGCGAAAGACUCACCCGAGACAUACGAUGCGGUCCCAGAGCGCGUUCAAAAGGAGGGCAAUGGCUUGGCUACCGCCAUCAAGAAAUUUAGAAUGUCGGCGUAUCUCUGGCAGGCCUUCACUGCCGAGCAGAUGAAUCGCAAUGGCUUUGGGAGGAGAUGCUAUCGAUAUGAAGAGGAGUGGCAGCCUGGGACGUUGACAUGGAAGGAUGCGGAAACUGGGCAAAUGCGAAAUGAGGCCAAGAUUCACAUCAUCCGCAUGAACAAGACUGUAAAGGAGAUUCAGGAUCUGGAAAUUGCCCAACAGCAUGGCCCGGCCACCAAAAAGGGAGAUCUUUUCAGCAUUGCGAUGGACGCCGUUCGUGCGUACUUUGCACCACGACCUGRACAGCCGCAAUACGUUUCUUGCUUGUAUUUGGACGCCCAUUGGGAUAAGAAGGUGGGUGUGGUGAGAGGACAUGCGGCAUUGGGUGGCGGAGACGAACAGAUCAAGCUUGCCAUUUUUGGAUCGCACUGCUUKCAAUCCUACCCAACACACAUCGAAGAGGUCGUUCCGGCAUUCACAGACUGCACACGGACCAACACAGACUUUGUGGCCAACGACUCCAAUGAGUGCGGAUCAAGUUGGGAGGCCGCCAAUAUUGGGAUUGGAGCACAUCUUCACGAGACUGGUCAUCUUCUUGGUUGUCCUCAUCAGGAAUCAGGAGUGAUGCUGCGAGACUAUGUCACAUUAAAUCGAACAUUCACCACAAGGGAAUCGUAUGCUACCCGCACAAAAGCGCAAGGACAGCGGUUGUGUCUUCCAAAGGACGAGUGCGCGUGGCACAGACUGGACGCUCUGCGCUUCCGCUUCCAUCCGACGUUCCGGCUUCCAACAGACCAGGCCGUUGCUGGAGACACCAGCGUGCAAGUGUGGACUGUUGAGAACUCGCAAGUCCUCGUCACGGCAGCCACUGGCGUUGCAUGGAUUGAGUUGUACCCUGAAGGUGACGACGUGUGCCAUCACUGGAUCGAGUAUCUAGACCAGACCAAUGCGUCAGCCGGCGCGCCGCGCCAAAUUACAUUGACGGAGAGCGUGUUGAAAGACAACCUGCCUGGUGAGAAACGCAAGCGGAAACUCAGCUUAAAGGUCUUCAGCUGUGGUGGUGGAGAGCACGAGGUCAAAGACUUCGCCCAGCUUAUCGCAUCAAACAACAAAAUCAAGCUUCCUGACGGUCGUCCUGGAUUCCGCAGCUCCAAACUUGGGUUUAGUCAAAUGRAGGGAUCACAACCGCAGGAGCAUAUUUUGGGAAUUUGUGAGAAGAAGAAUAUUGAUAGGAGAGUGAGACUUUUACUCAGCAUCAAAAUAUACCAUGGAGACUGCAUGGAUGGUAUGGAGUUUGUGUAUGAAGAUGGCACCAGUGAGCUCUUUGGGAAGCGCGGCGGACGACCUGGAGGCAGCGAAUUCGUGCUUGACCAGCGUCGAGGGGAGAUGCUGAUGGGAUUCUAUGUGAGGGCUGGAUUCUGGAUAGAUGGGAUCCAAAUCAUGACGACUAUUGGGAGAAAGAGCGAGAUGUAUGGAAAGGCGACUGGCGGGUCCGGACACACACUUAUCCCGCCUCGCGGCUACAGCAUUGCAGGAGUUUAUGGGAGUUGCGGAGCAUGGUUGGACGGAUUUGGGCUCAUCAUUACUCGGUGA